CAAAAACAAAAAAUAAAAAAUAAAAAUCAACACUUUUAUCACUUCAAGAGAAAGGAGAGGAGUAGACACUCACAUUCAAUGCUUUACCAAACUCACCACUCUUUUUUUUUCUUCCUUCCAACCAUUUUUCCUUUCCUCUUUCUUCUUCCUCCACUAAAUUAUCUUCACAGAUACUUCAUACUUUCAUUUUCUACUCUCUUAAGUUGCCCUUUCCCCCCCUAAAAGUAGUUUAAUUUUUUUAAAAAAAUUAUUUUGUGGGUGAUAAAGCAAAUGGAAUGCAUGGGAAAAUCAGGUUUUGGGCUGAAACAACACCAGCAAAACAUGGAAGAUUUUUCUUCCAUUUUUAGUCCAAUUUCUCAGAACUUUAAUGGUGGUUCUUCUAUUAUUACCCCUGUUUCUGGGGAAGAUUUUUUUGUAGACCAACUUUUGAACUUAAACAAUGAAGAAGAAGAAGAAAAUGAACCUAAAAUUGAUUUCCUUGUUAAACAACAACAAUUUCAAGAUAAUGUUCAAGAAAAUAUAAUUUCUUCCUUUUCCUCUUCUCCUUUAGACUCUGUUCUUUCUGUCCCGGAAGAAGAAGCACACCUUGAAUGGUUAUCAGAGUUUGUAGAAGAAUCCUUUUCACAAUUUUCAAACCCAUACCCACCCGGGUUUGUCAAGCCUAAACCCAAUAAAGAGGUUUCAAAUGGGCUGUCUUUGUUCUUCACUCCACCAAGCCAUAGCAAGUCAAGGAGGAGUAAACGGGCCAGAACCGGGGGUCGGGUUUGGUCCAAUUCACUUUCAGACCCGUCUUCAACUUCCCCUUCAAGCCCGGAACUUGGCCCGUUUAAGAAGCACAAGAAGAAAGAAAACGGCUCAGUUUCUAACGGGCUGCAGAGAAGGUGUAGUCACUGUGGGGUCCACAAGACUCCACAGUGGCGAGCGGGUCCUAUGGGAGCCAAGACGCUUUGUAAUGCAUGUGGAGUGAGGUUUAAGUCGGGCCGACUUCUACCCGAGUAUCGGCCCGCUUGUAGCCCGACUUUCUCUAGUGAGCUUCACUCUAAUAGCCACCGCAAAGUGUUGGAAAUGAGGAAGAAGAAAGAGAUGGUAACGGGUCAACCCGAACCCGGAAGUAUGUCUCAUCCGGUUUCAAGUUUUGGAUAGUAUAAUUACGGUGAAAAUGUUAGUAGUUAAUAUAUUACUGGUAAUUAAGUAGUGUUUGGUCGGUUUAACUUUUAAAUUUUAAAAUUUAUAGUCUUAGUUUUAAUUAGGAUUAGGAGAUAAUGGAGUGUUAAGAUGAACCGGAUAUAUAUAAUAAUAAUAAUAUAAUAUCCGGUUUUGAGAGGGGAGUCGGCUUAAUUAAAAGGUAAUUAGGUUUAAUUAGUGUAAUGGUGUAAUAAUAAUGUAAAUUUAGUAGCAGUUUAAUUUAAAUCAUGAAGGAGUAGGAAAUACUUCAUUUUAGGUUAAUUAUUAGUCAAAGAAUUGUAAUGGACUAAAAACAACUUUGAUGUUGUCCUGAAGUUCAUGAACAUUGUAUCUUCCACCAUGGAGUUUAAUUUUUCGCCAAACAAA